GUGAAGCUAUCGACAGGUUCUUUCUUCCAACCUGAUUAGUAAAUCUACAAACUUAACAUUUCAAACUGCAUGAUCAUAAACAAAACAAAACGACACCUUUUAUAUCAGGCCUGAGCUGCUUCAAAAGGCAGCGAUUGGUGACAAACAAGUAGCGGAGCGCGCCACAGACAAUUGCGCCGGCUCCGCGGCUCAGCCACCUGGAAGCGUCACCAGCUUAGCUGCGCGCGCUGAACCUGGCCUUGAUCUCCACCACCACAUAAUCACCCUGCGAUUUCUCACCCAGUCUAUUCUCUGAGGGGGAGGCUUUCUUCAGCUUCAUUUGAACUUUUUUUCUUUUCUCGUUUGCUUUGAGUAUACCUAGACCGAGUGAUACACCGAGAAGCAAACUGUCAAGAUGAGUUUUAAGGGGUUUACCAAAUCUUUAGGUCGGGCGCCCCAACAGUUCAAGUCCAAGUUCAACAUAGGCGAACACACCAAAGACCCCGUCUACAUUGAUGCCGAACGUCGCUUCCAAGAGCUCGAAACCGAGACCAAAAAGCUUCACAAUGAGUCCAAGAGAUAUUUCGACGCCAUCAACGCCAUGCUCAACCACCAAAUCGCAUUCUCCAAAGCUAUGACGGAAAUAUACCGCCCAAUCAGCGGGCGCAUGUCGGACCCCUCUACCAUGGAGAUCGAGGGAAGACCCGAAGGCAUCCGAGCCUGCGAGGAGUACGAGGCCAUUGUGAAGGAUCUGCAAGAAACACUGGCUCCAGAACUCGAGAUGAUUGAGAGCAGGGUAAUCCGGCCGGCCAACGAGCUUCUAGAUGUCAUCAAGGUCAUUCGCAAGGCUGUUGUCAAGCGCGAACACAAGCAGCUUGAUUACGACCGUCACCGCGCCGCCUUGAAGAAACUGCAAGACAAAAAGGAGAAAACAAUGAAGGAUGAGAAGAACAUCUACAAGGCCGAGGCCGACCUUGAACAGUCCACCCAGGAUUUUAAUUACUUCAACGACCUGCUUAAGGAUGAACUCCCGAAGCUGUUUGCGCUUGAGCGCGAAUUCAUACAGCCCCUCUUCCAAUCCUUCUACUACAUGCAGCUCAACAUCUUUUACACGUUACACGAGAAGAUGCAACACUGCGAUAUUGGCUAUUUUGAUCUUACCAGGGAUAUCGAAGAAGCUUUCCACGAAAAGCGAGGCGAUAUCCAAGAGCAGGUUGAGAAGCUCACCAUUGUCAAAUUCAAGACCACCGGCCGGCCGCGCCCACCGCGAUACCAGCCGAAACCGGCCCUGGAGGCGCCCAAGACCCAGGGUCUCCUCACAGCUGGGCCUUCAUCCAGCUCCCCGACGGCACCAACGGCACCUUCGCCUUCAUUAGCACCGACACCCAAGUACGGAGCCGUACACUCGCCGGCGCAACCUGCCGUCGCAGAGAACCCGCCACCACCCUACUCCCCAGGGGUGAAAUCACAGCCGCUAAAAAGCCCCGCGGUCAAAAGCGCAACGUUUGCGCAGCACAGCCCGGCAAUGUUGAGCCCGGGGGCUUCCUCGCUUGCGGCCGCGGCCGCAGCAAAACCCAAGCCGCCGCCCCCGAAGCCAAAGCCCAGCAGGUUAAGCGCAGCGCCGGCUGUGGAGACCGUCACGGCCCUGUACGAUUACGCGGCCACGCAGGAGGGGGAUUUGAGCUUUAGCGCAGGCGAUGUAAUCGAGAUUGUCAGUCGGACACAAAAUGCUAACGAGUGGUGGACUGGGAGGCUGAAUGGUAAAACUGGGCAGUUUCCUGGUAACUAUGUUCAGUUGCAAUCAUAGAGAAGACAAACGUUGGGUCAAAUUCGGUCUUGGAAAUAUGGAUUGGAGCAUUAUUGGCCUGGUAUAGUAUGGCACGAUGGCAUGUAUACAGUAGAUGAGCCAUUAAUAUCAGACUUGUACAAGGUGCGGCAACCAUAAACCUUCUCCACUAUUACAUAAUCGUUUAAAACUGUAUAUUUUUGGGCUGGAGACAUGAGGACAAUCCGAUCUCAUGUACAUAAUAACCAAAGAGAGAGAGAGAGAGA